UGUGUUCUUAAUAUAUACAUAUGUAUGUAGAAGAUCAGAAAGGUGGCAUCAUGGCUGGGAUGCCAGUUCCUCAAAUAUAUAUUGAUCUAUUUGCUAAAUCUCUAAAUCCUCUGACAGCAAAUCAGGAACACUGUGUGAUGGACUGUUUACAUGCUUUGUGUUCCAAAAUACCCAGUAAAAAAGAAAAGCAACUUCACAAAAAAAAAUCCAUAUUUUCUAAUGUCUUUGAAGAAACUUUUAACAAAGCAGGGUGGAUGUUUGUGGUGACUUAGAAUGCAGUUCAGUAUCACACCUGGGUGUAUAAUUUGUAUUUCAGUUUCAGUGUAAACAGUGUCGUCAUUGGCAGGUGCCACUUUUUUUAAUUUGUUGCAUAAGACAGAAGUCUUUGGGCUGUACCUCCUGUGACAUCAGCCUGCAGACACGGCAGCCUUCUCAGAUUCAUCUGAUUAAAAAAGGAUUUUCCUGUAACUGUAGAAAGCUUUAAUCCUCGUCUCUCACACCCCCCACCUCUCAUUUACAUAUGCUUUCUCUGAAGGCAUCUCAGCCUUUAUGCAAAGUCAUGUUCAGAAAUACCGCAUUAUUUUUAUGAUUAUUAUUUGUAGUAAUUAUUAUUUUCCUAGAGGCUGGGGCAAAGCUCAACCAGAUUAUUUUAACUGGCUGAAGCGACAACAAAUGUAAUUUAAUCUCUUGGUUCUUUAUUUAGUUGUGAGGAUACUGUUUACAGUCAUUGCAGAAAUAGGAUCAGGGCAAUUGCAUGGUUUGGGGGACCUUUUAUUUAUUGCUGAACUUGGUCUGGCUUCAGAGACACUGAAAACUAAGAGCACAUCUUUUUGUGUUAUGACUAAACAGUGAUGGAUGCAUUUCUCUAUAUGUGCAAGGGUCUGUGUGUCUGAUUGUUCUCAUAUGAAGCCUGUAACUAUUCUUUAUGUAUGUUUUUCCCCUGCAUAAGUGAUGCCAGCUGCAUUGUAACUGAUGUUUCCCAGGGUGUAGUCUGUUUUAUGGCAGUGAGUCAGGUUUUAAUUUGGUGCUUUUUUUAUUCUGAAUAGAGGGGUGGGUCUUCUUUGUUUUGUUAGUCAUCUGUGUGUAAGAUGUGUGUGUGUGUGUGUGUGUGUGGGGAGGUGUUUUGUGACAAUACUUUAUCAGAAUCUCCUCUCUAAACAUAUUGUUGGGGAAAGCCCCAAUAAAAUUGAUUUUUCAUAUGGAUUUUUGACUAAAUGCUUAGUUUGUUGUUAGUUUUAUAAAUGACAAAAAUCUGUACUUUCCAAAAUCCAAAUCAUAGAUUAAAGAUGGAGCUGCACAGGCGAAUGAAAAGCUCAGUACCAAUGCUUUUGAUUUUUAGUGUUGUUACCCCAGCUGCACUCAUGGUGGGGGUGGGACUGAAGGGGUCCGGAUCAGGAGGAGAGCCUGAAUUCUUAAAGGCACACCAUCUUUUUUUUCCUAAAUAAAGGAAUGUUUUUUACGAAGCAGCUAUAAGGAAUUGGAAUGUGUUUUGACUUGAAUACAAAGUGGUAUGUUGUGUUUUGCAUGUAUACUAUAUACUGCUAAUAUGUUUCAUGUAUUACAGAUCAGUAUAAAACCAUAAUGAUUAAGUACACAAAUUUUAAAACCAGCCAUAAAUGACUGACUGGGCCUUUAAAUAUUUGAAGUGUAUGGCAGUGAAUGGUUUCAUAUUGUGGUACCAUAGUGCCAGAAAGACAGAGUGCCUACUCUUUCUCUCUCUCUUUCUGGUCUCCCACCCUAUCAUGCUUACAAACUAAGGUGCCACUUGUUGAAUCCCCAGAACUUUCCACAUUAAAAUGCACCUUAGCCAAACUGAGAAAUAUGCAAAAAAAAACAAUCAUCAUUUUUAUUAUUAGUGACACCUGUAAUGUAAAUUAUUGCAUCAAAUGUAGAGUACAUUCAGUUGUUUAAAGUGCCAGAAAUGUUUACCAGAAAAUAAUUCAGGUUCCUAUUUUGAUCCAUCUGACAUAAAUUUACUGAUUAUUUUGGGGGAAAGUUAAUAUUUUAUAUUACAUACAAAUGCAUAUGAAGAAUGAAAUUAAGUUUAUACAUAUAUGUAUAAACUUCUCGAUUCCACUUUACAAUAAGGCUCCCACUUAUUAACGGUAGUAACUUUUUACUAAAAAGACAACUGUUACAACUUGUUUGUAUAAUCAUCUAUGGAGUGUUUACUUAAUAACCUGUUUAUAAACCAUUUGUAAACCCUUCAUGAGGCUAGUCUUAUUGUAAAGUGGCACCCUAUUACUAAGACCGCAUUGCUUAUUCAUACCUUUGUGUGAAUUAAGCCUUCACGUGGUCUUCAGUGUUUACAACAAUGUCUGAUUCCUUGUCUUGAACUGCAAUCUGUUGUCUGCCUUAGUUAAAUCGCUAGUCAUUUGUGGGGCGAUAACAUUUUCUGGAAAGAAAAUGUUACAGAACCUUAUGGGCCAUUUCUUCCAGAAACAAAUGUGAAUCAGAUGUUUCUGCAGUUUGCUUUUCUCUAUCCUUUGGAAUCAAGAAGUUGUUCUACAAGUUGCGGUGUGUGGUCAGUAAAAGCAUGACGUUAGAGCUGUAUCGUGCACUCGGGCAUGUGUUUGCUUCCUACUUUCACCGGGACCAUGUCUGUCAUGGAAUGUUACUGCUGCUUCUGUUUUACUAAACAGGCUGAGCAGGUGGGAGGAGCUUCUGUCACCUUCCCCACCCAUUCAUAACUAAUGUGCUUAGCAGUCUGCCUAUUGGGAGAUUUCUCCCUGCAGCUGACCUUCCUCCUCCAACCAAUCGGAUGCAUCUUAUCUUCACCUCCCUCCUCCCUUUUUCAUAUGCCGUUCAAUGCUGACCGAGCAGGCAAGUGUUUAUCAGCUGCUAGGAAAAGAGCUGAAAAGGCAAACUGAAGUGCAGUGCAGCUGGUACAAAGCAAAGGGAGAAAGUGAAAGAAGGAGCACAGGGGAGAAUGGGCAGUGUGACUCCCAGUGAAAUAGCCCUCAGAUUGGGGAAUUGUCUAAUACUACUUGCCCUCAACCCGGAUUCAGUGCUGCUUCAAAGUGGAAAAGAGAAGAGCAGUGUGACACAUCUUAGAAUAUUCAUCCACAACAGGACCGGCAGAGGAGUGGAGAGACAGCGUGCGAGAGCGUUGCUCGUCUAGGCACAACUACCCUGUAGGAAUGCUGAUAGUACAAUGAAGCCAGUGGAUGGUGUAUCGCAUCCAGGUGCCCGAGAGGGGCAUGUCUGGGUUUUCUACAUACCCAGGAGGACCUUGAGGAGAGUUGCAGUUCCCCCCAGUGACCUUUCACCUCACUGACAUUGAGCGUGCCCUGUAUCUGCACCGAGAAUCUUGUGCUUCCUGUCUGGGCAUGGUGUUGCUGGUUCAGGAGGGCAAGUUCACAAAUGGAUGGAUUCCUUUGCUAGAAGCAGCGAAGCAGCAGAGCCAGGCAAGAAACAAGCAGCAGACCAGUUCUGCUGUCCUCAUCUUUGAAUUAUGGUGUGCUGCUAUGCUCAUUGAGUCGAAAGCAGGCUAACCGUUGACAGGUCCUCCUAAGCCGGAGAACCUCUAUCUAAGCCUUUUGCACUUUCAAUAGUAUAUAUAUUUUUACUUGAUUGAAUACCUGAAACACUAGAACUGAAGGAAAAAUGCGUCACAUACAUGUGGAUAUUGCACGUAAAGAGGCCCCGGUGGAACUUCCAGAGCAACAGGGGGACUUGCCUUCCUCUAAUGGGGUCGUGGUUGCCGCUGGGACUAGACAUACGCUGACCAGACCCUUUGGGGAUGAGGAAAUCAAAUUGCAAAAGGUCUAUCAGCUUUCAAUCUUCUCCCAGAUGGGGCGAUUCAGUGAGGUCUCUGAAGAGCAGAGGAUAUUGAGGCCUGGAAUGAAGAGAGGACUGGAAGGGCCAUUGCAGAGCUGUAAGCGUCCUCACCUGGAAGGGGAGUAUACUGAAGUCAAGUCCACGUAUGAAUCUCCUGUGGAGGUUCUAGAGGGUGAAAUAUUGUGUGGGCAGCAUUUCUCCUGCACUGCCACACACUUGAUUGAGCACACAGAUGGUGUGCCCACCCAAGCCUGCUCCCAGCCCGCCUUACCUAACAUCCCCUUAAAACAUCCAACACAGCACAAUCAAAAUGGGCUUGUCCCAAAUGCACAGACCACGCACUCCUCCGGAAACAAGCUCCUGGCAGUAGAUUCUGUUCAACUCCGAAGCCCUGUUUCCCAAACUUUCCUGGCCAGGAACACAGCACAAUCAGUGUGUGCUAUGCCUGACUGCACCCUAGGUGACCUGGGUACUGAAGGCUGUAUCAAGAGAGGCUCUGCAGAACCGCAAUUGCCCAGCAAUGCAGAGCUCACUGACCAGGCAUUUGGAGUUCCAGCACUAUCUAUUACCUCAGACCUCCAAAGACACUUUGAGCUUAGGGAUAUGCAGGCUAACCGAGAAUCAAGUCCCCUGAAGUCCAAUGGUUUGCAGGCUGUCCACACCAAUGGUCUGGCAUCCUCAGAGAAAACCCCUGUAUCCCUACCAAUACCUUCUUCCAGCCUGUCUACUCCUAGUACGUGCUCCGCUAGGAAAAAGCUUCUGUCUUCCAGUGAUACAGGGGAGUCCUGCUCUGAAGACGAAGGCCCGUCUACCUCCAAGAGAAGCCGUCGAGGCCUGCAGGCCCCCGGCUUGUGCCUUGGAGCCUUCCGCAGUACUGAUGCCAAGGCUGCCCCCUUUUGGAACCACCUGCUGCCCUCCACUCAGGAGCAGCCCAAGAGUUCAAGCAGCUGUUCCAAAGUGGGAUCGAGACUUAAAAGCAGCAUUCGCUUAAAAUCACGUCAGCUGCGCAGUGGACGCAGGCGAGAAAUCAGCAGCCCCUCUCGCUCCAGCUGGCCUUCUGUCUCUAUUAGCCGCUCCCUCCUGGGCAACUUUGAGGAAUCUAUUCUGAAGGGCCGCUUCUCGCCGUCGGGUCAGAUUGAGGGCUUCACUGCCGAGAUUGGAGCUAGUGGAUCCUACUUCCCACAGCACGCCACCCUGCCUGUCCAAGUCACCUACUACGACAUCUCUGAGCACAGCGCCCCAUCCCCCUUCCUGGGAGUGAUCUACCUAGAGGCUCUGGGAAAGAAGGGCUACAGCAUCCCCAAAGCAGGGACACUCCAAGUGACCUUAUUUAACCCCAACAAAACAGUGGUGAAGAUGUUCCUGGUGACAUAUGACUUUGGGGAUAUGCCUGUAAAUCACAUGACCUUCCUGCGCCACCGCAUCUUCCUGGUCCCUGUUGAGGAAGCAGAAGGACAAGUGGCUAAUGUAGAGGGAACGGCCAUGGAUAGGAAGAAAAUUCUCUGCUACCUGAUGCACCUCAGAUUCCAGAGCUCCAAAUCUGGGAAAAUCUAUUUGCACGAUAAUAUACGGCUGCUAUUCUCCCGCAAAUCCAUUGAGGUAGACACGGGAAUCCCUUACGAGCUGAAAUCCUUCACCGAGGUGCCAAAAAACCCCAAAUAUUCCCCUCGAAUGUGAUGACUGCCCCCCCCAAAUCAGUUACUAGUGGACUAAGGAGCAGAAAAAAGGACUGCUUAUAUGUGAAAAGAAAGAGAUGGAGAAAUUUGAAAGACAAGCACCCUUCACAAGACUGAAUUCAGUGUUAACCUACAUGCCUCAUAACAAAACCCGCUUUCUGCUACUGCUGUUUUAGUGACAGUAUUGCUCUUUAUUCUGCUUACACCCUCAUGGGACCCGCAUCCCUGUCCCUGCAGCAGAAUGGAUGGCUGGCUGCUCUGUGGCUCAGCCCAGUGCCUCAGUCACGCACAGGGCAUCCCACACGGCCCACUUUUCUAAUUGCCGUCUGUGUCAAAACAUAUCUGGGAAAAAGAGUCAAACAAAAUAAAUGGGUGAAAUUCCAAAUGACAUUGGAAGGUUGCCGUUCUGAGAAAUAAAAUGGGAAAGGUUUUGUUUAUGGGGCGACCUCUUUAUCGUAAUGAACCAUACCACUUGUGUUUUGGCAGAAAUCGUCCAAUAAAACCUAUUGUCUUACCCAUGGGAACAGUAGCAUUGUAAUGAGGGAGAAUGGGUUAGUUGAUGCUUUGUUCCUUAUCUGGUCUUUUUUUUUGUGUACAUAGAGUGCAAUUGUGUAUUAGACCUGUUACCAUUAAGUGACAGGCCAAUAAAUAAUGCUGUUUAAUUUAUUAGUAUAGCUUAAAGCAAUAUGCUGCACAGUUAGUAUGUAAUGUUGAUUUGAAGUCCUUAAUGUACAGUGAAUUCUACAACAGUAGUAUGAACAACAAGGAAAGGCAUUUGUGUGGUUGGAGUAUCAACCUAAAGGCAUACUUCAUAUAUAUAUAUAUAUAGAUAACAUAUAUAUAAUUUUCAUUUCUAUUCCAGCUCCACGCCUUGCAUUAAAGCUGAGCAUUGAGCUGGAAAGUUAUUUCAUCUGCUGGCGUUCUGUCAUUUAUUUUCUGCCUUGUAAUUUCUGUUGUGCAAGAAUCCGGGCAAUUAGAAUUCUGUGCUGUAUUCACUGCUAGCUCACAAUCAUUAGCUACCUGAUAAGAUCCUAAGACCCAGAGGUAUUAAACACCAGGAAUGACUGUCCAGAGCAAGGCUUUAAGCUAAGACUGCAGACUGCAAGGAACAUUUUUUUGAUUUAAUUGUGAGAUAAAUUUUGAAUAUUUAACAAAGUUUGGAUGUUUAAUUUUUAACAAAAUCUGGAAUCCAGAAGUGUGAAACCAUUUUGUUAAAUUUUUGUUCAAUAAAAUCUAUUAUCUAUAGUAA